AGCAAGGUUUGAGGAGCACCAAGCAUUUUAUAGUAGAAAGAAUGGAGAUGCCAAAAAAUGGGAGGAAGAGAUGCAUUAUAUAUAAGGAGAUGUGGGUGUGUGUAUAGCAAGAAAACGCAGGUACCUUAUCUUUCUCCAUUUGUCUCUGAUCUUCAAACGAGCUUCUCCAGAGAAGAGACAAUGGAUUUCAUUCCCAAAACCUCUUUCAUCCUUCUCGUAACCCUAUCAUUCCUCCUCCUCACAAAACCAGUUCUCUCCUCCCGCGACAUCCACAUCGUCCAGCGUGAAAUCCAAGAAGACAUCAACCAACUCUGUCAAAAAACAACAGAUCCUGCUCUCUGCGCCAAUACAAUCAAACCUCAUUUCGCCCAAAACAAACUUUCAGCCAUAAAAGCUCUCGACGUGGAAGUGGAGGCCACGCUCGCCGAAGCAAAAACUGCCCUAGGAAAAAUCCAAUCUCUGGAAAACAAAAAAGAGAACACCAAGUCCACCAAGGAUUCCCUCAACGUCUGCGAUGACCAGUACAACAGCAUGCUAGACGCCAUUGAAGAAACCAAACAAGCUAUCGCCAAGAACGACGUCACCACCGCUAAGUUCAAGUUCAGCGCCGUCAUCUCCUACCACUCCGCCUGCCGGGACACCUUCAAAGGCGGCGUAACCCCCUUCGACAAGGACUCCAACGCCGUUUACAAGCUCGGCGGGAUCGCAUUGGACAUUAUUGCCGACAUUGAAAAGUCUCUGCCUCCUCCGCGUUCUACACCCACGCAAUCUGCCCCUUCUGCGUUCAGCAGUGUCAUCGGAACCGUCUCAUAAGGCGUCUCUUCGAAACAUUAACCACGCUCGACAAUUUCAUGGAGUUGGCUUCUUCUGUCAAACCCACCGUGAAUCUGAUCACGCAGAUUACCAAACCUAUAACUUUUGUAUUAUGUAACUUUUUUUUUUACCAAAACGAAAGUUUUGAAAGUUUUGGUUUUGGUGUAGGGGGUGAUUGUCCCCUCUUAUAUA